UUUAUGACGUGGUUGCUUUUUCUUUCCCAUGCCGGAGUUGCAGUGGCCAGAGGCAGUUGAAGAUGGAUGUGCUCAAGGCAUUCAUGACGCCCUAAUCUGACAUCCCCAUUUGCAUUUCCUUCUUCAUAGGCGUUGCCCAGUCAGGUCAUAUCAACACGUCCGAUGGCUACCUGUUUAUAAAGCGGAUCGCAACCCAGCAGGCAGGCCGGAUGCCUUGCUCUCCUGGCUUCCCUUUCUUAGCCCCGCCCUUACCAUAUGUUUAUUCACCUUCCCGCUACCCGUCACGGGGAGAACCUGUCUGAAUUCAAACUCUCGUGGCACUUUGAACCCAGCCAGGUGCCGUCGACAGUGCCUCACGAGCUCCUCCUUCACCGCCCCCUGUCCGUCCCCCGCGCCCUCCCUGAGCACCACCACGGCCACCACCUUCUCUCCAAACACAUCGUCGGGCAUGCCUACCACCGCGGCGGACUCGACGCAGUGGUGCAUCUGCAGCACGCCUUCCACCUCCGAGGACAUCACUUUCUCGGCCCCCGUGCGAAUCACGUCGGCCAACCUGCCCACCAGGCGGAACCUCCCGUCCGGAUCCAUCACCC